AUGGCGGAGAUGGAGGAGCAACGCGAUGGCGAGCAAAGGACCGUGGGCGACGGUGAGUCCGGCGGCGAUGCGAUGGUGGGAAGGCGACAUUGCGGCGACAGCGAGGUAAUGGAAGAAAGUAAUAUUGUUGAUGAUUGUGGUUGGAAGCCGAAAGUGGGAAUGCCAUUUGACUCUGAACAAGCCGCAUAUAACUUUUACAAUACGUAUGGGGGAAAGUUGGGUUUUAGUAUUAGGAAGGCCUAUGCAAACAAGAACAAACAUACGAAGGAGAUAACAUCACGUACGUUUGUAUGUUACAAAGAGGGAAGUCGGGGUAUUGACAAACGAGAUCCACUUGUCAAAAAUCCAAGACAAGAGGUAAGAUGUGGUUGUGGUGCCCGAUUUAGUAUCAAGUUGGAUAGAAUUUCAGGAAAAUAUCUUGCUUGUGAUUUUGUUGAAUAUCAUAAUCAUGAUCUUGUGCCUCAAGAUUGCAUUCAUAUGUUGCCUUCCCAAAGAAAAAUAUCUACCACCCAAGCAAUUGAAGUAGAAUUAGCUUCACAGUCUGGAAUUCCUCUUAGGUCUGCUUAUGAACUAUUUGGUAGGGAAUCUGGUGGAAGAGCAUCACUUGGUUUCACUAAAUUGGACCAAAAAAAUUACCUAAGAUCGAAGAGACAAAAAGAUUUGGAAUAUGGGGAAGCGGGUAGUGUGUUGCAUUACUUUCGUAAGAAAACUGUGGAAAAUCCAUCUUUUUUUUAUGCAGUCCAAUUAGAUUGUGAUGAGCAGAUAAGUAAUAUAUUUUGGGCUGAUGCUCAAAUGAUCAUGGACUAUGCUCAGUUCGGUGAUGUUGUGACAUUUGACACUACUUACAAACUAAAUAAUGAGCAUAGACCUUUUGGAUCAUUUGUUGGAUUUAAUCAUCAUCGAGAAACAGUUAUAUUCGGUGCAGCGUUGAUGUAUGAUGAGACUGCUGAAUCUUUUACAUGGUUGUUUCAAAUUUUUUUGGAGGCAAUGUCAAACAAAGCUCCGAAAACUAUUUUCACAGAUCAAGAUGCUGCGAUGGCUAAGGCCAUUCCAAUUGUCAUGCCCGAUACAAACCAUCGUCUUUGUACGUGGCAUUUGAUGCAAAAUGCUGUCAAGCAUGUAAGUUCUGUUUUUGAUGAUGUAGGGGUCAAGGCUGUGUUUUCAAAAUUUAUGCAUGACAUUGAUGAUGAAGAACAAUUCCGAAUACAGUGGGACCAAAUGCUUGAUAAGUAUGAUGCAUUCGACAAUCAUUGGUUGGAGCAGACUUUUCGCGUGAAGGAGAAAUGGGGAUGGCCAUAUAUUAGGAAUUCUUGGGCAGCUGGAAUGAGUACUACUCAACUUAGUGAAUCCUUUAAUGCAUUUCUGAAGGAUUAUUUGAAUUGUGACCAUAACUUGAUGGAGUUCUUCAUGCAUUUUGAGAGGGUGCUUUAUGAGAAGAGGUAUAAGGAAUUGGAAGCUGAGUAUAAUUUGUCCCAAAAAUUGCCGAGGGUUUCAAUUCCAACUGUGAUGUUAAAGCAAGUGGCAGAGAUUUACACGAAAACAAUUUUUGAGGAAUUCCAAAAUGAGUAUGUGCAGUCCAUUGAAGCAUCCAUUAUAGGCACUAUUCAUGAUGGUGAGAGCACCAUAUUCACAAUAAGAACAAUGGUAGAUGGAAAAAAAGAAAAGAUUGUGACAAUGGAUGGAGGGGGUUCUUUGAGUUGUAGUUGCAAGAAGUUUGAAGUGAAGGGCAUACUAUGUCGACAUUGUGUCAAGGUGCUUAGAGAUGUAUUCAAUGCAACGGAACUUCCUCCAUAA